AUGUCCCCCAGAUUUAUUUUCCGCAAUGCAUCUCCACAAUUCUUUCAAAGAACCUUCUCAGCAGCACGUUCUUUCCAUGUUUCUGCGAGUACUUUCAUUAAAGUGAACGACAGCAUCCCUGAAAUUGAGGUCAUGGAAGAUUCCCCAGGUAACAAAAUAUCAAUCGGAAAAGAGCUCAAGGGAAAGAAGGCAAUUCUACUCGGGGUUCCUGCUGCCUUCUCACCCGGGUGCAGUACGUCGCAUAUACCUGGGUAUAUCUCGGCGGAUCGCAAGAUCCCGAUCUAUGUUAUUGCCGUUAACGAUCCUUUCGUUACAAAGGCAUGGGGUGAAUCUUUACAAGGUAGUAAAGAGGCUGGAAUUCGGUUUUUGGCAGACCCUGCCUUGAAACUUACAAAUGCAUUGGAUUUAGCCUUUGACGGGACAGCAAUAUUCGGCGGUCCUAGAAGUAAAAGGUAUGCUUUAAUAGUGGAUGAUGGCAAGGUCUUGAAGACAUUCAUUGAGCCUGAUAACACUGGAAUCAAAGUGUCUGCCGCUGAGAACGUUUUACGGGAGUGGUAG